AUGUCAAAUACACCACUACCCUCGUCUUUUGACGGUGAUAAUGAGUUCUACGAGGAAAACCGCUGGCAGAAAUUCUCGCGGCGGUUGAAAGAGGAGCCUUUGAUACCCUUAGGAUGCGUCCUGACCUGCAUGGCCCUCUUCGGCGCCUCACGCUCCAUCCGCGCCGGCGACCACAACCGCACGAACCGCAUGUUCCGCGCCCGUAUCUAUGCGCAGGGCUUCACACUCGUUGCUAUGAUUGCAGGCAGCGUGUACUGGCAGUCGGAUCGGCAGAAGCGGAAGGAGUUUGAUAAGGUUGUUGAGGAGCGGAAGGCGAGGGAGAAGAAUGAGGCGUGGAUCAGGGAGUUGGAGGCUAGGGAUGAAGAGGAGAAGGAUAUUAGAAGGAUGAGGGAGGCGAGGAGGAGGGGGGUUAGUGUGGAUGUUGUGAGGAACGAGGAUGCGGAGAAGGGGGCGAAGAAGAUGGAGGAGGGGAAGGGGAAGGUGCCGGACCAGCUUGUGGAGAAAGGGGCGGGGUCUGUGGUGGAGGUUGAGACAGAAGCGAAGAAGAAAGGAGUUCUUGAGAGUGUACAAGAAAUGGUCUGGGGCGGGAAGAAAUAA